AUGAAUUUAUUCCUUAUUGUAUUAUCAUUGAUUUUCUUCCAUGGAAAUUCAAUUUCCGGAGCAGAUGAUAAUGAACUCGAAGCAAUUGAUGUUUUAUCAGCAAUAAAAACGACGUCACCCGAUUGUGAUCUUCGUACCUUUGUGAAACAUAAUGACGAUUAUACAGCAUUCAGUGGAGACUUGAAAACAUACUGUGGAUCCGAUUCGAAGAAACAAAAUCGAAUUUUAUGUAAUAUGAUUGCUUAUGAACUGAAGAAAGCUUGUCAGUUUGACAAAGACGGACGUCCAUCACCAGUCAUAUAUUCGAAAAAGUCAACACCAAAAGAAAUAUGUUUUUCAACAACUAUCCAACUAACCAAUCAAUGGAUAUGGAAUGUCCUCACAAACAACGGGCAAAAACAAAUUGAUGUGACCGCCAAAGAGUUAUGCGACAAGGUGGCUAAUGAUGAAACGACACGUCAACUAGCAAGAUUUUUCUAUCGAGCAGCACCACAUGUGAGAAAUUCGGAUCUUUCAACAACAUCAAAAGACGGCACAAAAUCCAAUCUGGGCAAACAAACAUUGACUGAAUCGAUUUCCAAGACUGCCGCUGCAAUUACUGCAGCUAAGGAUAAAACAAAAACUGCCAUUGACGGUGCCAAAGAUGAUGCAGAUCAAACGAUUGAAAAGACCAAAACUCUGAAACAGAAAUUUACUGAUGGUGUUGAGAACGUUAAAAACAAAUUAGCUGAAGGAGGUCAAGUAGUCAAACAAAAACUUGAGAAAACUGCCGAGGAUGCAAAGGAAAAAGUCGAUAAGGCGAUUUCCGAUGUGAAAGGCAAAACUGAAGAUGCUGCGAAAACUGCCAAAAGUAAAAUUGACGAUGCUGGUGGAUCUAGAAAAGAGAAAGCCGAUAAAACUACUGAAAAGCCCAAACAAAAAGCAGAUGAUAAUGACGACGCCGAAAACGAUGCUGACGACAAAACAAAAGUAAAAUCAGACAAGGAUGACAACGAUGAUGCCGAUAAGGAUAAAACUGUCGAUACGAAGAAAAACGUUGACGAAGAUGCAGACAAUGCCGGAGAUAAACCAAUGCAAGCAAGACCAUCGUUGAAAAAGGAAAAGAAUUUCUCAAUAAACUUACUAAAAAAAACGUCACAGAAAUCAAGGCGACUGGUAAAAAAAUUGUCAAAUGAUCAAGGAAAGGUCUUGGAUUUAAAACAAGACAAAAAGACCGAUCAAAAUGCUGAUGAAGAAGAAGAAAAGGAUGACGAUGGUAAUGGAGAUGGUACGGUCAAAGACGAUGGGCAAGUCAAACAAAUUCCCAAGCCAAACACGACAGACAAGAAAGAUGAUGCCACAAAUAAUGUUGAAGUUACAACCAUGCAGAAAGAAGCCGGUCGUACAACGGUAGUUGUAGGAGUACAAAGUUCGAAUAAAACAUUGGAAGUGACCACUCCUAGUCCAAUUGAUGUAAACCCACAGAAAGUAACCGAACCUGAAAAGAAGAAACCAACAGAUGCUGUCAAAGAUGCCGAUACUGAUCAAGAUGACGACGACAAAGAUGACGAAACUAAACAUAAAGUCGAUGAUAUGGAUAAAAAAGAUCAACUAGGAAAUAAUGAACCUGUAUCUCAUGAUGAUUAUGAUGCAGCAAACACGCCUGCUGAUCAAAAUCAGUUAGAAAAUGUACCUAACAACAACGAAGACGAAGAAUAUCAAGCUGGAAACAAAGAUGCUGACAACGAUGGCAUCUCAUUCCGUAAACCAAAUGCAAAUGAUAAAUAUACAGCAAAACCAGUUGCAGCAGAUCCAAACAAAGGAAAAGCACGAGCAAAACCACAAGUUGGACGUAAAUACAGUGACGAUGAUGGUUGGUCUGGAAGUUUCGUUACAUACUUCCUUUUGUUUACUUUAUUCGUCGUUGUUGGUUACUUGGUCUUACAUAAUAAGAAUAAAUUAAUGGCAUAUGUUCUCGAAGGUCGUCGAACAAGCGGCUCACGCACUGGCAGUCGGCCAUCUCAUCGUGGUUAUGAAAAAUUAAAGAAUAUAAAUGAUAUCAUACCAAUUGAUGAUACAAAUCCUGUAUCAGAUAAAGAGGCUGUUAUAUUAAAAGCUUAA